ACAGACGAGUCCUCUCUGAGGACCCUUGAAGGUUUGAUGUCAGAGUUCUUUGAUGCAAGAACAACAAAUGAGAGGAAACGACAAAUAGAGGAACUUUUGAACCACUUCAGUCAGCAGAGGGAUGCUUGGCAUCACAGCCUUUAUUUCCUGGCCAACACUAAGAACAAUUAUGUGAUGAUGUUCUGUCUAACUGUGCUUGAUAAUUUGAUUAACAAGCAAUGGCUAGGGCUUGAGGCAUCAGACAAGAUGGAGAUCAGGAAUACCCUGAACCGCUUUCUUCUAGAACAUCAUACCAAAGUGCCAGUAUAUAUCAGAAACAAACUGUGCAAACUUGUGGUGGACAUUGGGCGGCUUGACUGGCCACACUUUUACCCAGAUUUCUUCACAAGCAUGUUACAGUUAAUUCAGCACCAGGAGACAGUCAUUCUGGGUAUUGUCCUCAUCCAAACAUCAUCUGAAGAACUGGCUUGUCCCCGGGAAGAUCUGAGUGCUGCUCGCAAGGAUGAACUUAAUAGACUCCUGCUGCAGCAAGUCCCAACUAUGCUUAGUCUAAUUAGUAAUACUUUAGAAGCCAUCUUAGAAAAACAUCGUCACCUAGUGGCUGCCACCCCUCCUCCAUCUCCUACACAAGGUCAGGUGUCACAUGCACCAGCCAAAUCAGCAACAUUUGCUUUAUUCACCAAUGAUCCUAUACAGCCAAGUCAGAUACUGAAGAACAUGUUCAGCUCCCCUGCCAAGACCAUCAAAUAUGAAUCUAUCCCUCCCCUGGACUCUGAGUCACACCAUACAUGUGUUCUGGCACUCAACUGUCUCUCACAUCUGUUCAGUUGGAUACCUCUGUCCACCACUAUCACCCCAAACCUGCUCAGCACUAUAUUUCACUUUGCGGCAUUUGGCUGCGAAUCUGCCUCGGUACACAAUCGUAGUAGCGGAGGGGUUUCUUCAGACUUGAAUGGCAGUUACACCACGGACUCUGAAUCUCUAGGUGUGCUUGCCAUGUGCUGUAUCAAUGAACUGCUCUCAAAGAACUGUGUCCCACAGGAGUUUGAGGAUUUUUUACUGCAAAUGUUUCAGCAGACAUUUUAUCUCUUGCAAAGACUUACAAAAGAAAGUACCACGACAUCGUCUGGGAAUAAGCUGGAAGAGCUUGAUGAAAGUUACAUUGAGAAAUUCACAGAAUUUCUGAGACUUUUUGUCAGCAUUCACCUUCGACGAUUUGAGGACAACAACUCCUUUCCAGUCCUUGAAUUCCUGGCAUUGUUAUUUAAGUACACAUUUAAACAGCCCACUCAUGAAGGAUACUAUGGAUGCUUGGAUAUAUGGACCAUCUUUUUAGACUAUCUCAAUGUCAAAUUGACAAACCGUGCACUAGAUGUGAAUGCCAUAAUUUCCAAGUAUAAAGAAGCCUUGGUAUCACUGGUCAGUCAGAUUCUGCAGAAGUUACAGUUUCGUUUUAACCAAUCUCAACUAGAGACACUAGAUGAUGAAACUCUAGAUGAUGAUUCAGAAACAGAGUGGCAGCACUUCCUAAGACAGUCAUUAGAGAAUGUUGCUAAGGUUGCAGAAAUUCUUCCACCUGAUGUUUUUCGGAUAGUGUAUCAGCCAUUCAGUGACAACAUGGAGAUUUACCUGGGCUUGGAGCAGUUUCUUACCAAUGGUCCACAGGGGAGGAAGCUGAACAUCCCUGCAGAAAAUGAGUGUCGCCGUCUACACUGCAGCAUGAGGGAUUUGUCCUCAUCGUUACAGGCUCUGGGAAGACUGGUGGAUCACUUCAUUGGGGAGUUCUUUUCACAGAGACUGCAUGAUGCUCAGACCUUGAUUUCAAAAGUUGUCCAGUGCUGUGUGUAUGGAACCAAAGUCAAAUUGUAUGAAGUCAACACCUUUGCUCAAAAUGUGCUUCAUGCAGAUUUCAUCGAGGUACAUGCUCAAGCUUUGGCAGCCAUGAAGGCUUACUCCCAUUGGUUGGCAGAAUACUAUGUUGAAUCGUACAAGCAUCAGGAGCAGCGACAGAAGUGUGAGCAGCUGAUCAUGACAGUUGUCCACACCUGCAUCCCACUUUUUGAAAAAGAGAUUCCAGAUAAAAUUGUCCACUCUGCAGCACAUUUGCUUUUAACACUGAUGACUACAGUGAGACCUGCAUUCUUGCUAAGACUACCAGAGAUACAAACCUUGUACAACAAAGCCAGUCAAGGGUCAUGUGCAGAUUUGACCACAGAG